AUGCCGCCUGCGAUGGCAACACCUCAAGACGAGCACGAUGAAGAAGACCCCCGCUACGACGAUGCUGAUGUCUCCACCCUCCCCUUCACCUCGCACCCCGCCUACGGCCGUGGCCUCUGGAAAAACCCUAUUGCUUUUGUCGCCGCAGCACCAGAGUUGCCCCCUGCGCCUUCGAAUCCAGUAGACGGGCAGUCAAUAGCGCAGAAAUAUCUUGCCAUUAUGUUCCCCAAUGGCCAGCCGCAGCCACAGCCAGACACAUACCCACUGUGCGGCAUCUGCGGUGAGCCAGUCAAGGAGACUGACCACCGCAUUCACUUCCUGAGCCCAGCUCACCAGGCCGCCCUACCACGCGCGCCUAUACCGUCGGCAAUAGAUCGCACGCGCAUGGGGCUGAAAUACAUGCAGAAUUACGGCUGGGACAUCGAUGCGCGGAUGGGACUUGGAGCGAGAGGGGACGGAAUGCUGUUCCCACUAGUGCCCAAGGCGAAGAGAGAUAAAUUGGGGCUAGGAGUGGACAAGAAGGCUGAGGAGAGGAGGAAAAGACUCGUCAACGGCAAGGGGGUAGCUCAGCCGGGGGAGAUUAGGCUAGAUGCCGGCAAGAUCCAGAAGCUGGCCAAAGUGGAGAAAAGAAAACAUGAUAAGCUGCAGAGGAUGUUUUAUGGCAACGACGAAGUGGAGAAGUAUCUGGGCGAGUUGGGUGGUUAG